UGUAAAUUUUCAUAACAAGAUACAUGUGGACCAAUCUGGUAAAUGGUUGUAAUAGUGUUGCAUCGUAACCCACUCUAAUUUUAAGUUAUUGUAUGUUAUCCUACCAAAUAAAUUAAUUUGUUUGUUUGGUGCUUUUAAAAGUUAGUCGUUACUCUUUCUCCUCCCCCGUUUCUCUCCUCCCAUCUUGGCCGGACAUACGUUAACAGCGCCCUGCAGCAGCAGCAGCAGCAGCUAGAAGCCUCCCGUCGCAGUCAGCCAUGUUGUUGGUGUGACACUCAAUAAGCUGUCAGUAACAGGUCCUCGAAGUAAGCGAAACUUCAACAUUUUCCCCCACCUGUUUCGCUUCUUCUUGGACACCAAACGUCGACAGCGAGACCAGGAAGCUGUCCCUUAAAGGCGGAUAUACAUUUGGGACUCUUGGAAAACUCGGAAGUUUAUCUCUUUUUGGUCACCACUACAGAGCUUCUGUCGAUUGAAGCAAGAGGAUGGCUGCAAGCAGUAGCUGAAGACACCACCUGGAGUUCAACCCCUCGCUUGGUCCCCACCACAUACAAGUAUGAAUGGUGGUGUCAGUGUGUGGGCUGUCACUCCAGAGGAGAGGGUCAAGCAUGACCAGAUGUUUGACACCCUCUACCCAUCAUUGGGUUAUGUUUCAGGUGAGCAGGCAAGGAAGUUUUUCCUCCAGUCAGGACUGCCUGCUUCAGUCCUGGCUGAGAUAUGGGCUCUGGCUGACCUGAACAAAGAUGGGAAGAUGGACAGGUUGGAGUUUUCCAUUGCAAUGAAGCUCGUAAAGCUCAAACUCCAAGGAACGCCGCUUCCAUCAGCGCUGCCCAUUAUCAUGAAGCAGCCUCCUGUGCCUGCUCCAAACCUCAGUGCUCCCAAGCUCACCUAUGGUACUUUCCGGAUGGGAUCUUUGCCUCACAUGUCCAUGAUGUCUACACCAGGCCAGAGUCCACUAAUUGGCUCCACACCUGCCAGGUCCCUGAUGACCACUCUCCCAAACGGCACUAUGGGACUACUCCAGCCAAUACCAACUGGCGCUUUGGCUACUGGUCUACCUUCAUCUACAUCCCCCUAUGCUUCUAUACUUGAAUCCAGCUCAACAUUGCCACCCUCCUUAUUGACCUCCCAAAUUGCAUUUGGAGACUGGGGUGUGCCACACACCACCAGACUCAAAUACAGGCAACAGUUCAACAGCUUGGACACACUGAUGACUGGAUACCUCACUGGUCAGCAGGUGAGAAGUGCAAUGGCAACCACAAUGUUGAGUCAGACCCAGUUGGCCACCAUCUGGAAUUUGGCUGAUGUGGACAAGGACGGCAAGCUAACUGCCGAGGAGUUCAUCCUGGCCAUGCAUCUGGUGGAUGUAGCCAAGAGUGGACAACCACUGCCGCCAACGCUGCCAACUGAGCUGAUGCCACCCACACACAGGGGUGCUGUGAAUGGAUCCAGUGCCCCUCUGUAUGCAGCUCUGGCUGAUGAUUUGGACAUCGACGCCCUACAGAAAACCAGGAGCAACAUAUCUUUCGAGGAUAAAUUCAAAGCCAACUUGGAGCGCGGGAACGCAGAACUGGAGAAGAGACGACUGGCACUACAGGAGGCAGAGAGGAAGGAACAGGAGAGGCAAGCUCAAAAGGCGAGAGAGGAGCAAGAGCGUAGGGAGAAGGAGGCCCGUGAGGCGGAGGAGAGAAGAAGGAAAGAGGAAGAGAAGCGGCUGGAGCGCCAGAGGGAACUGGAGAGACAGAAAGAAGAGGAGCGUCUUAGAGAAAUCGAGAGAAAAGAGGCUGCACAGCGGGAGCUUGAGCGUCAGAGGAAGGAGGAAUGGGAAAGGAGAAAGCGAGGGGAACUUCAAAUAAAGAGACAAAAAGAGCAGGAUGACAUCACCCAACUCAAAACCAAAAAGAGAAAUCUAGAGAUGGAGUUGGAAUCUGUGGGUAACAAACAUCGACAGAUUUCCGACCGACUGCGUGACAUCCAAAACAAGAAGAAGCUUCCUAAGACUGAGCUGGACCUGAUCAUUCAAAGGAAGGAUGCACGCCAGCAGGACAUGAAAAACCUGCAAAAACAGAUAGAGGAAUACCAAAGGAAGUUGUCCCAUUUGACUCCAGAACAGAAGAAGCUGACAGAGAAACUCCAAAGAAUGUCACUGAAUGGCAUGCCUGAUUCAGCCAUGUCCACUCUGAAGCUCAGCGUUACGGAGAAGAAGGGGGCAUGCAUAAAACUAAAAGGUCAGCUGGACGCCCUUGAGAAAGAAACUGCUGUCAAACUGGAAGAGCUGGACCGGUAUAACAGAGGCAUGCAGGAACUUAGAGUGAGCCAGCAGAAGCAGCAGGCUGCACUUGAGAAACUGCGAGGCCUUAAAGAAGACAAAAAGCAUGAGCUUGUUCGGAGAAAGCAGGAGGAGGAAGAGCGACAUAAGAGAGAAGAAGAGAAGAAAAGGCAAGAGGAGGAAAGGAAGCUUAGGGAGGAGGAAGAAGCUCAAAGGCGUAUCAAGUUAGAAAUGGAGCGCCAGCGGCAGGAGAAGCUUAGGAAAGAUGAAGAGGAGCGUCAGAGGAGGCUACAUGAGGAACGAGAGGCCAAACAAAGAGAGAAGGAAGAGAAAGAGAGGCAGGCUCUCAUCCAGGCGGCCAAGUUGGAGGCUGAACGAGAGCUGAGGGCGAAACAGGAGGCGGAAAGAAAGAAAAGGGAGGAGGAGGAGCGACACAGGCAAGCAGAGAGACGAAGGCAGGAGGAGGAGAGGAGGAAGCUGGAGGAGGAGAGGAAGCAGUUGGAGGAAGAGAGGAAGAAGCUGGAGGAGGACCGCAGACAGGAGGAGAAGAGAAAGAAAGAAGUAGAGGAGGAGCGACUGAAGCGGGAGGAAGAGAGGAAGAGGCAGGAGGAGGAGCGCACAAGACAGAGAGAGCAGGAGGCGGAGGAAAGGCGAAGACAAAGAGCCGCCGAGGCAGCCGUCCGAGAUGCUGAGGACAGGAAGAAGAGAGAGCAGCAGCAGGAGUUGGAGCACAGAAGGCGGGAAGAUGAAAUGAGAAAUCUUCAGCAGAGGCAGCAAGAGGAUGAUAGUAGGCGGCGUGAAGAGGAGAGGAAAAGAGCAGAGGAGGAUAGGAAGAGAAAGGCAGAGGAUGAGAGGAGGAAAGCAGAGGAGGAGAAGAAGAGAAAGGAGCAGCAUUCACACAGUGGAGGAAGCAAGAUUGACAUUCAGGGGAAGCUCAACUCUUUGCUCAAAGGACUGGAAGAGAGGAAAGGCAAGCAACCCAGGGCCUCGCAACACCGGAAGUCUGCAUCUCUCACACCCUUCAAGGCGCUCUAUCCAUUCAUUGCACGUAACCAUGAGGAGCUCACCUUUAGCGCAGAUGACAUCAUCGAGGUGGAUGAGACAGCUGGGCCAGAGGAGGGCUGGUUGUACGGAAGCAGGCUGGGUCAGAUAGGUUGGUUCCCAGAGAGCUAUGUAGAAAGAGUUUCUGCAUCCAACUCGGCAGUUGCUGCAACUCCUCCGAAAUUACCCAUCCAGUCGCAGCUCUCCAAUGCGCUGGAGGCAGCGAAGGCAGGGUCGACUAAAUCUGCCUUCACCCCAACACACUCUCCAAACCUCGGCCCCUCUGACACACAGGGACAGCGAGUGGUAGGGAACCUGCUAGCCCAGGCUUUGUGCUCCUGGACAGGAAAGACAGACAACCAUCUCAACUUCAAUAAAGACGAUGUGAUACAAGUGCUAGAAAAACAGGAGAACUGGUGGCUAGGAGAGCUCAAUCGAGAACAAGGCUGGUUCCCCAAGUCCUAUGUGACACUGCUGGGUGAAGAGGAGGGUUCCGACAUUAAAAGCCCCUCUUCCAAUGCUUUGGACCUGAGUGACGGCCAGCAGCUUGAAGAGUAUGUGGCGUUGUACACAUACGAGUCUCCAGAACCUGCAGAUCUAACAUUCAAAGAGGGCGAUGUGGUCUUGGUGAUCAAGAAGAAUGGAGAGUGGUGGAACGGUACGACUGGUAAUCGCACGGGUGUCUUCCCCAGCAACUAUGUCAAACCUAAGGAGACAAGCACGAAAAAGCCAGAAAUUGCUAAAGUGACAAAAGCUCAUUCCUCCUCUGGACCCGGGAAGCUGAACCUCGAAAAUGGUCAACUCAUCGUCAUCCUUAAUAAGAACACGUCAGGCUGGUGGCUGGGAGAACUGCAGGCCCGUGGUAAAAAGCGUCAGAAGGGCUGGUUUCCUCCUUCACAUGUCCAGAUAUUGGGGUCCAAUAGUGGCAAAUCCACACCAACAGUCCAGUCAGUGUGUCAGGUGAUCGCCUUAUACGACUACACAGCCGCCAACAAGGAUGAGCUAAGCUUCUCAGCGAACCAGCUGAUCAACGUCCUCGACAAGAAUGACCCCGACUGGUGGAGGGGAGAGGCCAAUGGGGUCACUGGCUUGUUCCCCACCAAUUAUAUUAGGAUGACCGCGGCAGACGGUGACCCUAGUCAACAGUGGUGUGCAAACCUGACAAUCCUGAACUCAUUGAGCCCGCUAGAGAAGAAAAGGCAGGGUUACAUCCAUGAGCUGUUACAGACUGAAGAGAGAUAUGUGGAGGACUUGCAGACAGUGGUUGAGGUUUUCUAUAAGCCCAUGUCGGAAUCUGGACCACUAACAGAAGCAGAGUUGAAAAUGAUCUUUGUCAACUGGAAAGAACUGAUGACCUGCAACCAGAAGUUUCUCAAGGCGUUGGCUGCUCGAAAAAAGAGUGAUGGCGAGAACAUGCCGGUGCAGAUGGUGGGAGAUAUCUUGGCCGCCGAGUUGCCCCACAUGCAGCCGUACAUCCUCUUCUGCUCGUCUCAGAUUAAUGGAGCUGCGCUGCUGCAGACGCGUACCGACAACGAGCCUGAAUUGAAGGCUGUCCUCAAGAAAAUUGCCACGGACAGGUGUAAAGGGAUGCCGCUGUCCAGCUUCCUACUGAAACCCAUGCAGAGGAUCACACGCUACCCGCUGCACAUCAAAAAUAUCUUGGAGUGCACUGAAGAGGGGCAUGCUGACAGAGUUCCUUUGAAAGAAGCUCUGGAGAGGGCAGAGGAGCUCUGUCAACAGGUGAAUGAAGGAGUGAGAGAUAAGGAGAACUCAGACAAGCUGGAGUGGAUUCAGAACCAUGUCCAUUGUGAUGGUGCUGCUGAGAAUAUCGUUUUUAACUCGAUCACCAACUGUUUGGGCCCCAGAAAGCUGCUUCAUAGUGGCAAAAUGUACAAGGCAAAGAGCAACAAAGAACUCUGGGCCUUCCUCUUCAAUGACUUCCUGCUCUUGACUCACAAGCAGUUCACCUCGUCCGGCAUUGAUAAGCUUUUUGGCACCAAGAACCACAUACAGCUCAAAAUGUACAAGCUGCCUAUUUUGCUAAAUGAAGUUCUGGUCAAGCUUCCGGAUCCUUCCAGCGAUGAUCCCGUCUUCCAAAUCUCGCACAUUGACACAAUCUAUACACUCAGGACGGACAACAUCAAUGAACGAACAUCCUGGGUUCAAAAGACCAAGGCUGCCUCUGAAGAGUUUUUGGAGACGGAGAAGAAGAAACGGGAUAAGGCCUAUAACUCUCGAUCAGUGAAGGGAAAUGCAGGUCGACUUAAUGUCACAAUCCUAGAGGCCUCUGAGCUGAGUGCAGUAAAAUCCAAUGGUAAAGCCAAUCCAUACUGCGAGGUGACCAUGGGAGCUCAGGUCUACACAUCCAGGACACUCAAUGACACUGUGAACCCCAAGUGGAACUUCAACUGUCAGUUCAACAUCAGGGACAUCCACCAGGACAUGCUCAGCAUCACCAUCUUCGAGCGGGACCAGUUUGCUCCUGAUGAAUUCCUGGGACGGGUUGAGGUUCCUGUGGCGACCAUAAAGAAAGAGCUGGACAACAAGAGCGCAGUCACACGACGUAUUCUGCUCAAGGAGGUCCCCACAGGCGAAGUGUGGGUCCGCCUCGACCUGCAGCUCUCCAAAAGCAGAUAGCAUGACGCGCUAUAGUAACUAACAACCCAUGAUAUCCCCCUUCACUCGCCUUAAUACUGUGAUGUUUCAAGUCACUUACUCGGAUGAAAGGGAAUAGUAAUAUUUGCUGCCAAUACUGUUGGGGAUCUAAAGGAUAGGACCACCAAUGGAAGACUGCAUAGAUCAUGAUUAUUUGUAGGAGUCAUGCAGUCGUUCAGGUCUUGCAGACACGCCUUUUGAGGUGAACUGGAGUGGCUUCUUGCACGCCCCCGUGCUCGCUGUUAAGUGUCACUAUGCACUCUCUCAGAGGAGUACUCUGUCUAAUGCUGUAGGGUCAGACAUCUUGCAGAGUCGCGUCACUGACAUGACACAAAGUAAUGUGUGUAUUAUAUAUGGUUAGGUCAUUUUGUUUUCAUGCAUUUGCAUACUAAUUACAGUAUGUUGAGUGAGUUGCAUGUGCAGAAGACUUGCCUGUGAUAACAGAAUGUGUUGGUCUGACAUUCAAAGCCUUGGUGUAAAUUUACAUUUUAAAUUCUAGUGGUUUAGAAAGGGUUAACUAGGGUUUGGUGAUUCCCAAUUUACCACAUUUGUCCAAGUUGUGUUCCCCCGAAUGAUGAUAACAUUUAAGCAAAUCAUUUUUGUUUGAAUUCCUCGUGGAACUCAUGCAGCAGCUGUGCAAUAAUAACAAUCUCACGUUUUACAAAGUUUUGUUGUUCUUUCAUCCCACCACAGGUCUGUAAGACCAACAGUGUAAAGCAAGCACCUGCGAGUGCAAUUCAACGGCGAUGUGUAUUUAUUUAAUAAUUUAUGUUCAUGUGACUAUCCAAAGGUUAGAUGCAGGGCUCCUCUGUGUCGUCUUGCAUAAUCAUUGGGUUCUAUUUAAAGGUGGGUGUCGUCAAAUAUAAACGAAGCAUGUCGCUACUCUAAUUGAGUUUUAUUGUAAGUCUACUCACUUGUUGUCACUAAUAGUUGUUUAUAAAUCUUUCAUUGACUUCAGUAAGUUGUUUUUUAAUGUCUGUGCAAAGAGACUGGACUGCUUACUGAAUGUGAAAGUUUUUGUUCCACGUUUUGCAGUCAUCUGCACCGAUUUCUGCUGUGCCAGUAGAGUCUGUAAAACUGUUUACCUGCUGUUUCUACUCACCUGGCACUCAAUCAAGGCGUCUGACUGGAAGUCCAAUUAAAGACAUUCAAAGUGGCCAAAGUUACCUUUUACAAGUUGUGUACGUACACUGUGAAUAUAUAUUAUUUGGAUUAAGCAUCAUGAUGUAUUUGUGGGGACAUUUUUGCUUUUUUUAAAUAGCUAGUAUUAAAUACACCUAUAAAUGCAAAAAAACAGAUUCCUUAUGUCUAAUUAAGUCCUGGUACUCUGCAGAUUAGGGUGUUACUUUACUUUACUUAGAGUACUACUGAAGUGAUCAAUUACUGCGUAUAAUUUUUGUCACAG